CUGUUGCAACUUUGCAGGACUCUGGAAUUUAAAGACUGAAAAGAGGAGAAACAAUGUGGAGCAUGUUGUGUCAGCUCUUCCUCUUGGGCGUCCUGCUCUCUGUGGUGGACAGCAAGGGGACUUUCUAUGGAGGCAACCUCAACUCUUUCUAUGGGAGCAGGUACAACCUUUACAAGGCUGGAUUCAACCCCCACCACUCGCCCAACAAGCCCAUGACUCGUCACAAAAACCACUGUGCCUACGUGGUCCAGAGAAACAUCACAUGCACCAUGCAGGAUGGCGUUUCCACCUAUGUGAAGGCCGAGUACACCACCAAGUGCAUCUGGGGUCAGAAGUGUCCCGUCGUCAUGUACAGAACGAUCUACAAACCAAAGUACAAGGUCGGCUUUAAAACAGUGACUGAGCUGGAGUGGAGGUGCUGUCCCGGCUAUUCUGGAGAAAACUGCCACGAUGGACCGACGUCGCUGCCGGACGUCAUGAUGCCGCCUUUCAAAGCUUUGCCUCACCGCCCUGGCGUGAAGGGCUUCCCCCACGGUCCUCGACCCCCUGUGGACCAGAAGCCAGGAGGAGGCCAGCUUGAGCCGGGAAGACCGGUCCCCGGAGUCCCCGACGCUCGACCGAUCCCCUCCGGACAGCUUCCCACUGGGACAGGAAAACCCAACUAUGGAAACAAAUUCGGCAUUUCGGGAGUGACGGGUGAACGUCUGGACCGGAUGGAGGAGGACAUGCGCCGGCUCACUCAGGGUCUGGACACCCUCAAUGGGGUGGUGGCCGGACUGGAGGAGAGGCUGCGCACGUCCCUCCGAGAGGACACCAAUAAGAUCCUGGUGUCCCUGCUGCCCAACCCCCCCCGGGUCCCAGACUCCACCGUUGGCUUCGGAGUGAUCCCAGAUGGGACUCCUGAUGGUGUGGAAGGAGGCGGACGUUUCCCCGGGUUCGGAGACUUAGCAGGGAGAGUGACAGAAGUGAAGGAUGAGCUGCGAGCCAAGACUCACAUUUUGGAGGAGAUUCAGGGGAUGGUGUUGGGUCACGACGACCAGCUGAAGAGGCUGCAGGACGGAGUCAGAGGAGGACCCGUUCCAGGCUCCACCCCCACCUCGCAUCUGGAUGAGAUCUUAGACGCCAGGCUGGCUGGGGUGAGGGCGGAGAUCCUGGACGGCUUCGAAAGACGCCUGACGGGGAUGGAGACGCACUGCAACGAGAAGAUCGGGGAGGUGCAGAGGCAGUGCCACAGGGAGCACAUGGACGGCCAGGAGCAGAUGCAGCAGUCCCUGGACGGCAGAGAGACCGGACUCAGGGAGGAGCUGGGCUCUUUGCAAGCUCAGAUUCAAGGUCUUACUCUGACGGAGAGCUGCUGUGGACAGGUGAACAGUCUGUCCCAGCGAGUGCUGCUGCUGGAGGAAUCGGUAAAAGGCUUGACGGAGUCUCAGAGGCAGCUGCGGAACGCCCUCAGCGACCAGAGCAUCCACAUAGAGACCCUGAUCGAGACCCGCCUGGUGGACAUCGAAGGCCGACUCAACGCGACCGGCGGGGAAGCGGACGGCGGCGAGGGGCACCCGGGCGGCCUGGACGGCUUCAAGACGAUGCUGGAGGACAAGCUGAAGACGCUGGAGGAGAGAGUGUUUGUGGCCGUGGAGGAGCUGAGCAACGCCACCGCCCCGGCACUUCUGGAGGGUCAGGUGGUCCCAGCGCUGGAGACGGAGAUCGAGUCCGUGAGGAGGAGAGUGGAGGGAGACUUGGAUGGCAUUCAGAAGCAGCUAAUAGACCUGGAGCUCCUCUGCACAUCUUCUUGUGCGCCCGCCACGCCGUCGGCAGGGCGCAUCACUGGUGCCGAAGAAGAGGAGGAGGAGUGUGAAGGGAUGGAGAAGAAGGUGACGGACCGUCUGAACUCCCAUUCGGACCAGCUGAGCAGCCUUAACAACACGCUCCAGAAUCUACUAUUCCGCAUCGCCCAGGAGGAGUCGGAGGGAGCCAUCCAGGGCGAGAUCACACUGCUGAAGGUCAACAUCAACUCCGUCAAUCGAACUCUGAAGGGCCUGAAAGACUCCCUCAGCUUCAUCGCCAGCGAAGUGGGGCACGCCAACGCCUCGUGGGAGCAGAGGGAGAACCAGCUCGUCAACCAGGUGCAGGGAAUCACCAAGCUGAUGGGUCAGCAGGCCUCCCUGCUGGGCGCCGGCGAGAGGCGGCUGGCCCAGCUGAAGGGGGAGCUGGUGGCCCUGAAGAGACAGCUGGCCGGCGAGCUGCAGGGCUGCCGCAGCACGGCCAUCGAGGUGAAGAAGGAGGUGAAGAACGUGGGCAGCCGGGUGAGCCAGGUGGAGGGCCAGUGCAGCAGCCUGAGCGAGCUGGCCGAGCACCUGGAGCGGAUCAGGGCCGAGCUGGAGAAAUACUCGGACUCCUACCUGGCCGAGGUGAACGGCACCCUGGCCGUGCAUUCAGAACAGCUGGCCGCGCUGAGGGGGGAGGUCAAAGACUGCGCGAACAAGGACGCAGCCGGCCGGAACGGAGACCAGUAGCAUUUCAGCUACAGAAUCUUUUUUUUUUUUUUUUUGUUGUUUUAUUUUAAAGAGAGACUUAUGUGCGCUUAUCACCAGGCUCCAGUGACUUCCUUUGCUUCUGUCGUCUCUUUCAGUUCCCAUAUGCACAGGAGAAGGAGAACUGAGCUGGUGAAAGUGAUGCAAGGAGAGACAGAUGCAGAACACAAAGACAUGCCUGAGGUUAAAGAGCCGGGCAACAUUUUCCCGUGAGAUUUUAUGCUAUGGGGCAUUUGUUUAUUUUCUUUGACUAUGAUUAUUUUGUUUAGACUUUUUACCUUUUUUAACUUAUAUGGAGUGACUGCAUUGUGUUGAUGUUUGUAAUAGAGAAGUGAUG